AUGGUUGACAGGGAGAAACUUGUGGCCGAGGAAUCCUCCGAGGCCACGCCAUUGCUGCAAAAAGCGGCACCCAUCGUAUCUGCGCAGGAAUGCCGGCGGCAUAAGCAACUGCUUCGAUGUUUCUUGAACUUGAAGCAGACGGUCUCAAAAAUGGAAGGUCUAUUCAAGACCGAGUAUGUCCACGAAAUUAAGACUGAACUAGACCCGACAGCCCGACAGACCAUGGUGGAGGAACGUCGAUGGUCAAUCUAUGUCUCACGGGCGAUCCAUAGAUUUUCCGUUUGGUGGACUCAUUUACCAGCCAUGGGCACGCUAGGGUUUGAUUCAAGCCAAUUAGCGGAAAAGCCGUACGGACAGCAUGGCGGGUGGGCGUGGACAAAGGAUCAGAUGCCACCAUUAGAUGUUUUGAUGGUCCUCCAUGCAUUGACACUACAUAAUAAAGCCCUCGGGGAGGAUUGUUUUCGACAUCAAAAGAUGGCACUAUGGAACGAAGGAUUCCCCCUUCAGCUGGCCUCACGAUGUAUCGACCAGGAUAGCCUCACGUAUUCGUGUCCCGAGACCUGCAGGAUGCACUUCGAAAAUAUGACGAAGUUGGCAUGGGAAAAUCUUGCUGACUCGGAGAAUCUUUCUAUCGAAUGCUUCCGAUGUCAAAAACCAACCGUUGUGCCGUGGACGACGCGGCGCGGAAAUGGCCUCGCAGAUAAUGGGUUCGUACAAUUGUGCCAAUCGUGCAAGUUUAUCCUACGAAGAGAUGCUCUUCUUGUUCAGAAGCUCCGUCGAGAUUUACACCUACUGUCGGAGAAAAAUACCCCAUUGCCCGGGACGUGCUGGAGUGUUGAGGAUGGUCAUGGCACUUUGGCUUCUAACAAUGAGACAAAUGAGUUCGUGAAACAGUUUUUAGGGAAAUUGUUACUGGAGGAGACGCGCCCGACCAAUCUCUUCCCAAAUAUGACUCAGAUAAUCGAAGCCAGUACCGAGGCAGUUGGAAGUCAAUCUCUGCCUAUGCUUCAUGAUAUCUUUGAGCACUAUCAAUAUGUGGGAAAUUCUUCCUGUGAUCUGCAUGCCGCUGUAAUGAGGGUGUCCAAGUCGGCAUCAACGAUGCAGAAUGUGGAUUGGUCUGAGUCUGAUUUACACUUGUCGCGGAUUGAGACCCGAUACGUUGAUUUCCUGCGAGAGCAAAGCAAGGGAUUAUCAUCACGGCGUCCUGCUGUCGCCAAACCGGAUUUGAUGGAUCCUCUCGUCUUCUUAUGGAGCACGCACUUGCUGGCGCCGCGUUCUUAUUGUGAAUUUUUCCGGCGCUCUGGCAAUGGCGUGCCAGUGGAUUGGGAGCCACCCCACGAUUCUGCAACGUGCAACGUCUGCCAUACGCUGUACCCUCCCUCAUUCGCCCGUCGGUUUAUUCGAGGCCUUGCUUCCCUAUCAGAGUGGAAGGAAUGGCUAUCCACUGUGUAG